GCACAGCUGCAGUCAGUGACAAAACCUUAUUGAAGCUUAUUCAUUGAAGGGAAUACUGUGCCAUUAAAGCUACAGAGAACAUCUGAGGACAUACAGCCAGGGCAUAAAAAUAGCGGUCAUGGCUCAGUGUGGUUGCCUUAUCGUGUUUUUCCUUGUGGUGACAAUCAAUGUCUGCAACUCUCACUGGAUGGACAGCAGAGACAGGCGUAUGCCCCCACCUGUGGUAUCCUUCUUAGAGAAACUAAGAGACCUUUCAAACCAGAGACUGAAAAGAGAUGUGAGAGACGACUAUCUUAUAUCUACUGGAAAAGAGUCAGAAGAAGAUUCACAGAUAGGCAAUUCCAUGGACAAUGAUCAGACUAUGCUUAGUUCCCUGUUGCGCCUGAGAGAAAAACGAUAUGCUCCUUCCAUUAACACACGCGGUUGUCAUUUGGGGACCUGCCAGGUACAGAAUUUGGCCAACAUGCUCUAUCGGCUUGGAAAAAAUAACAACAAAGACGUGUCCAAUAAAGACACUAAGGACCCACUGGGAUACGGAAGGAGACGUCGUUCCAUGAUGCGUAAUAAAGACUGGACUGACUUAUCUCAACCAAUAUUGGCCACUUAGGUCACUUCCUGCCUCUAUGCUUACUCCACAAUUGGAAGAAGAAUUAAAUAUGGAAUCCAACAUUACGUAGAGCUGCAUUUGUGGUCUUUAGGUUUCCAGUGGAGUAGAACCAGAAGUCAGCCUCAUAGGCCCCUGGGAGAUCAAGCUGAACCUGAAGAUUACCCAAGUGUGUAGUGAUACACUUGAAAUUAAUAGAAGGAACCAAGGGUUGUGCACUGAUCCAAGUGUUAGUGAAACGUUACCCUACCCCUUUCCUAUAAGUGAAUCUACUAUGCCAGGAGUUUGCUUUCCAACAACAAUAAUGUAAUGUGCUUUAAAGCUACUGUAACUCAGUGUGCCAAGAAUAAUAUUAUAAAGUUGUAUUUAGAGUGACGUCAAUGUCAUGCUUUGCAGUUCUUGCGGAUGACACAGUGAGUAGGAGCUCUCAGUGUGCCUACAGGAUGCAGGUGGGAAAGUGGGAACAAUUGUUUUGUACUCACGUGUCCCAAGUGCUUCUUGGGUUUGUAAGGGGGAGGAAGCUGUAAAGAUCUCCAUCCCAAACAAAUAUUUCCUCCUUUUCUACCUCUGAGCAAAUAAGGUCACAAGUGACGAGUAUUUUUUCCUUUUGCACUAGAUAUAGGAAGAAAAGGGGACUUUUGACAGCAGUCUUAAGCUGGCUAGUGCCUUACAGAUAUUCAAUAUCUAAUUCCCCAGCGGCACAUAAGCCGGUGUGUUGUGGCAGGUUGAUGUAUUAUAAUAAACACUCUGCAAAAUAUAUUAGCGCCAACAAAUGUGUAAGCAUUUCACUACAUAAUUGCCUCAGUGCAAAUACAAAUGAUUGCAUAUGCAAACGAACCAAAGAAAAGGAUUUAAAACAAUGACAUUUCUUCACAAUCUUACUACUCAGUCAGCACUGGGAAUAACCCAAAUUAGAUUUAGAAGGGUGGUUAUGUAAUAACUUAAUGGAAAGAGCAAUGAUGCACUAUAUAACCCAUAGCAACCAAUCGAAUGACUGCCUUAGGCAGUCUAGCGUAGUCAGCCUAAUGAAAAGUGACUUUGUAUUGGUCGAUAUGGUAUAGAGUUACCCCAGUAUAUUUUUAAACUAAAGGGAAGUUAUUGUAAAGUUUGGACUGUGAUCCAUAUAGAGUAGGGUGGCUUAUUGUCCACCUCUUAUAUAGACCCUUUGUGUUCAUGAUGAUUUCCAUUUAAAAGUUCGGAUUUGAUAUUAAACUAACAUCAAUAUCAUUAUUACGCACAGGCAACACAAAGGCCAUUAGAUAUUUACUGCAUUAUUAUCAUACAUUUCCACUGAGGAAGAAACUGUAAACUAUGAGAUGUAAAUAUAUAUCUAUACACACACACACACACACUACAGAUAUUUAUAGUUUUUACAUUUUAUUGUAUUUUUAAAUUAUUAAGUUAUAUAUGGUUGGGAAUUGAAGAUGAUUUUUCUAUACAUAUUAUGUGACGACACUUUGCUCAAUGACAAACAGUAUGUAUGUUGUUCAUCAA